AUAAGUUAAUUUAUGAAAAUAAGAUAGAGCAUAAAGUUUGAAAGUGAUAGCCUUAAGUUUGAAGAACAAAGAAAUUGUAAUCACAAGAUUGAUCUGUGAAUUGGAUUAAGAUGGAUGAAGAGUAUGAUGUGAUAGUCCUGGGAACUGGUCUCAAGGAAUGCAUCCUCAGCGGUCUUCUCUCCGGUGAUGGCCUCAAGGUUCUGCAUAUGGAUCGUAAUGACUAUUAUGGUGGUGAAUCCACUUCUCUUAAUCUUAUCCAGUUGUGGAAGAGAUUCAGAGGAGGCGAUAAUCCUCCGCCACACUUGGGCGCUAGUCGAGAUUAUAACGUCGACAUGAUCCCAAAGUAUAUUAUGGCGAAUGGUGCUCUCGUGCGAGUCCUCAUCCACACGGAUGUCACUAAAUAUUUGUCAUUCAAAGCUGUUGAUGGUAGCUAUGUGUACAACAAAGGAAAGAUUCACAAGGUGCCUGCAACUGAUAUGGAGGCGCUAAAAUCACCCCUAAUGGGUUUUUUUGAGAAGCGGCGAGCCAGGACAUUGUUCACUUAUGUGCAUAAUUAUAAUGAAAGUGAUCCUAAUACACAUCAAGGAAUGGAUUUGACACGAGUUACUACUAGGCAACUCUUUGCAAAGUAUGGUAUCGAUGAGAACACUGUGGAUUUUAUUGGCCAUGCAGUAGCUCUCCACAGAGAUGACUAUUAUUUGGACGAACCAGCACUGGAUACUGUGAAGAGGAUGCAGCUUUAUGCAGAGUCGUUUGCACGUUUUGGUGGUGGAUCGUCUUAUAUUUACCCUUUUUAUGGCCUUGCAGAGCUUCCCCAGGCAUUUGCUCGUCUCAGCGCUGUUUAUGGCGGGACCUACAUGUUGGAUAAACCUGAUUGCAAGGUGGAGUUUGAUGUGGAAGGCAAGGUGCAUGGUGUUACAUCACAAGGGGAAACAGCUAAGUGCAAGAAAGUUGUCUGUGAUCCUUCCUACCUUCCCAACAAGGUUAAGAAGGUUGGUAAAGUUGCAAGAGCCAUUGCUAUCAUGAGCCACCCAAUUCCUGAUACAAAUGAUUCUCACUCGGUGCAAAUUAUUCUACCUCAGAAGCAGUUGUGUCGCAAAUCAGACAUGUAUGUAUUCUGUUGCUCUUAUUCCCACAACAUCGCUCCAAAAGGGAAAUAUAUUGCAUUUGUCUCAACCGAAGCAGAAACUGAUCACCCGGAGACUGAACUGAAGCCAGGUACCGAUCUACUUGGGCAUGUAGAUGAGAUUUUCUUCGAGACAUACGACAGAUUCGAGCCAGUAAACGAGCCUUCUCUGGACAAUUGCUUCAUAUCAACUAGUUAUGAUGCUACAACUCACUUCGAGUCCACUGUCUCUGAUGUUCUGAAUAUGUAUACGUUGAUCACGGGAAAGGUUGUCGAUCUUGAUGUGGAUCUGAAUGCAGCCAGUGCAGCUGAAGAUUGAUAAAACUUCAUAAGCUAUAUUGUAAAAUAUUAACUUGAUAAAACUUCAUAAGCUAUCUUGUAAAACAUUCACUGCAGAAUGUAACAACAGAUGGGGUAUGUAAGAUAAUCGCUUAGGAGCUUUCAAGUAGUGGUUGGGCUAUGCUAAAAUGAAUGAAAUAUUAUUCAAACAUAUCAAAAGCAUUAGGUUAUGUAAAAGACAUAAUUGUAGAAAUAAAUCUCAUUCAAAAAUUAA